GCACCAGACGAGUACAAAUCGGUGCAGAACUGAAGAGGAAAUUAAACAAAAAAAAGUAUGUUCCUGGUGAAGAGGACGACUUUAAGGUAAUUCGAAUAUCGAAAUCGUCCUGUGCGUGUGAAAAUGAUAGACUUCUAGGCGUUCGGUCUUUCGGUGUUCUUUGUGUGCGUGCUUGUGACUUCAAUGCCGGAUGGGAACAAGUGAACUGGAGGAAGGACAAAACGUAUCGACGUAUGAAGAUGCAUAUGUUCAGGCGAGGCAUGAUCUUCGUGACGUUCUUCGGCUCUUGCAUUGCCAUUGCACUGCUCGUAGCGAGUCUGGGCACAAAACAUUGGGUUGAUGCGGCAGCCAAGAGGACCCUAAAUCCUGCAGACUCAAAUGGUCGUAUCAAUUACGGCCUGUUCAGUGGUAAAAAGGAGCUGAAUGUGGCUUACGGAUGGCGGAGCUACGAGAUCGACGUACUGCAUCUGCUCAAAUACGAGCCGGAUUUCCUGAUCUACGGCUUCUGGAUAGGCACGGUGACGUGCGUUUGUGCGGCUCUGCUCUUCUCCGAUUUGGCCGCAGUUUUUGCGGCCGUUAAUGCUGCAACAACGUCGAGCUGUUUCUCGGGAACUGCAGGAUUGUAUCUUUGGAAUAUCCUUUCAUUGCUUUGCAAUAUUGGAGCUAUCGGUCUAUGGAUGGCCCAGUAUUAUCUUAAAAUCCAAUCCAACGUGCUGUCGUUGGAGGACAGGGACAACAGUUGGACGUCCGAUGGAAUGGCGGAACUGGGUUACUCCUUCUGGUUCGUCGUGGGAGCGGCAGUCGCCAAUUUCCUAGACAUAAUCGUUAUCCACAUCGCGAACAGCGACAAGAAAGUGGAUCCGAUCAUACCAAUGAUGGAGGAGAAAACGAAUGGGGCCAUCAUGCUGUACUGAAGAGAAGAGCACGAAUGAGUGCUGCUACCAUUAUUACUACUACGUAGAGGCGCUAAACGAAAUCUAGACCUGUUGUAAAUAUUAUAAAUACGUCCUUUCCAUUUAUUCUUACUCUAUUAUACAUAUAUUUAUUAUUUCAUAAGAUGUAAGGUAUACAUAAUA